AAAAGUCACUCACUCACCCUAAAGCUUAAACCCUAGAAACCAUAGAGAGAGAAAGAAAAGAAAGGCGAAAGCUUUACAAGUUUUAACAAUGGCGGAGCAGCAAGAAAUCGUCGAUUCCGUGUCGGCUGAAGUGAACCCAGACCCGAAAGUGGAGAUGGAAGUCGACGCCGUGGCUCCGAAAGCCGAUACCGGCGAUGAAACAGCGGAGAAACGCGAGAGAGAGGAAACGGGGGAGGAAGAGAACGUAGGCGAAUCGAAGAAGCAGAAGGUGGGAGAGGAAGAGAAGUCUAACGGGUCGGAUCCGGUGAAGCUGGGCCCCAAGGAGUUUGUUACCUCCGUGGCGAUGUUCGAUUACUUUACCAAGUUUAUGCAUUUUUGGCCAACUGAUCUCGAUGUCAAUAAGUACGAGUACAUGGUGCUGCUAGAUCUGAUCAAGAAGGGCCAUUCUGAGCCUGACAAGAAGAUUGGAGGAGGGAUCAAAACCUUCCAAGUAAGAAUCCACCCGAUGUGGAAAAGUCGGUGCUUCUUUCUGGUUAGGGAAGACGACACUGCAGACGAUUUCAGCUUCAGGAAGUGCGUUGAUCACAUCCUCCCGUUGCCUGAAAACAUGAAGACUCCUGGAUCUAGCGGCAAUGGACAUGGUGGGGGAGGUCGUGGUGGUGGUGGAAGAAGAGGUGGUCGUGGUGGUGGUAGAGGCGGGAGAUUCAGAAGAUGAUUUUACUUGCUGCUACUCUUGUUGCCUUGCUAUAGAUUGAAAUUUUGGAGCUUUCAUGUUUAGUUCUGUUGCUAAAAAACUUAUAAGUUAUGAUCUUGUCGAAUGCUAUUAUUAUUUUGUCGGAGAAGAAUUGUCAUUCAUAGUAUUACCUACAUUGCUGAAGGAGAAGAAGCAGCUUGUCUCUAUGUUCACAAUUUCAAAGAAUACAAAAGACGCUUCAAUAAUUCAAAUCGGUCAUGAAUACAAAACUUGAAUGUGUUU